GCCCUUUAAGGGCGACUCUUCGAGUCAUAAUAAUCUUGCUCAAUAUUUUGUACGUAGAAAGAAAGAUGAAAGAAUUCUUACGCAUGAAUCUUCAAAAGUAAGUACUCCCAUACUGGCUCAUGAUGAUAUAGAUAAUACAAAGUAUCAAACCCCAGAAAUAAAAAAGAAUAUGACUCCGAUUAGUACGAAUGUACUAGCUCAUGCUAAAUCUAAUUCUCAGAUUUAUAAUAUCACAAAAGAAAGGGGUAAAGAAUUACCUAGUGUAGCGUUAGGUGCAG